AUGGCUUCUGUUACCGACGAGAUCGAGUACAAGCUCGACAAUGUUGAGGUCUCAACGCUCCGUCCCGAAGAUAUCGACAAGACAUUCCGCUCGAAAUGCAUUGACCUCAUAUCCAGUGGCCUCGGUGGUAAGGUCCUUGGUUACUCAGACCAAUGGUUCUGCGAAGCUUCAAACCUCCUGAACCCAAGAGCUCCAUUUGCCCAACCAGGCAAGAUGGUCUUCACAGGUGCUUGGUACGACGGCUGGGAGACUCGAAGACAUAACCAAGAACCAUUCGACUACGCUAUCAUCAAACUCGGUGUAGCUUCUGGCACAGUCGAGGGAAUCGAGGUUGACACUGCGUUCUUCAAUGGAAAUCAUGCCCCAGCCAUCUCGGUCGAGGGCGUCUUCAGCCAAGACGACGACAAGGUCGUAUCAUGGGGAGGAGGUCGGGGAGAGUGGGAAACCAUCCUCGGCGUCCAAGAGUGUGGUCCCUCCCAGAGGUUUGGCUGGAAGCUCAAGACUCCUGGCCAGAAGGCAUACACUCACGUUAGACUCAACAUGUAUCCUGACGGUGGUAUUGCACGAUUUCGUCUCUUCGGCCACGCUGUUCCUGUCUUCCCUGAUGACAAGGAGGCCAUCUUCGAUCUUGCUGCGGCGCAAAACGGCGGCAUUGCUGUGUCGUGCAGUGACCAACACUUUGGAACCAAGGACAACCUCAUCAUCCCAGGCCGAGGAAAGGACAUGGGCGAUGGCUGGGAAACAAAGCGAUCGCGAGGAAAGGACCACACUGAUUUUGCCAUCAUCAAGCUCGGCGCUCCUGGCUACAUUGAGAAGUGGGUUGUUGAUACUGCACACUUCCGAGGUAACUAUCCGCAGAAGGUGUCAAUUGAAGGGUGCGAGUGGACAGGCCAUGGCGAUCCUGUUGCAGAUGCCCCGGCCUGGAGAGUAUUUGUACCUCCGAGCAAGACUGGCCCCGAUCAGGAACAUGAGUUUGAGAGCGACGAAAAGGAGAAGAAGGGUCUAGUGACACACGUGAAGCUUGUCAUGAUUCCUGACGGUGGAGUGAAGCGGUUGAGAGCGUUUGGUAAGCGAGCAGUUUAG